AUGACUACACUGGAGACAACAGUUCAGAAGUAUGCCGAAGAACGGGAUAAGCGUCUUGCUGCUGUGCGCACUGAGGAGUACGCAAGCUUCCGUGACGAUCAUGGACUGCACGACCUUGCGGUAGAUCCCUUCAUUGACUACGACAACUUGGAGAAGGGAAGGCCGCUCAAGGACAGAGACGAAGUCAAGUUUCUUGCUAUUGGAGCCGGAAUCAGUUGUUUGCUGUUCGCGCAUCGGCUCAUUAGGGCCGGCUUUCAAGCUCAAGAAUUUGUUGCAGUAGACACGGCAGGCGGCUUUGGCGGAACUUGGUACUGGAAUCGAUACCCUGGUGCCAUGUGCGAUGUCGAAGGCUACGUGUAUCUUCCCCUGUUAGAGGAGACUGGCUACAUUCCCAAGCACAAGUACUCAUAUGGCAGCGAAAUCCGUCAACACCUGGAGAACGUCGCUGGUACCCUGAAUAUUCGCGGGAUGUUUGGAACUACAGUUCAGAGCCAGAAGUGGGAUGAAAAAGCCGGUCGCUGGAUUGUGUCGAUGGUGCAGAACCGUGGGCGCAACAGAGAUCCCGUCCAGCUGACAGUGAGGACGCAGUUCCUUUUCUCUGCUGGGGGCUUUCUCGUCUCUCCGCAUCUUCCAAAGUUGCCCGGACUCCAGGACUUCAUUCGGAACAAGCGAAUAAUGCACACUGCACGUUGGGAUUACAACUACACCGGCGGUUCGCAAGAAAAGCCGGAUUUGUCGAACCUAAGGGAUAAGGUCGUCGGUAUUAUCGGCACUGGCGCGACCGCUGUCCAAGUCGUCCCGGAAGUCGCCAAAUGGGCAAAGAAGCUAUACGUUUUCCAGCGCACGCCUACGUAUGUCUCCGAACGCGGACAGAAAGAGACAGACCGGGCGACUUAG